AUGCUCAGGACUGAGAAUGUGCACUUUCGCAAAACAAACAAGAACACAGUGGUCAAGAAAGUCCGUGAGGUCUAUCUUCGAAAUGAUAUCCCGUGUCUCUCAAGUCAAUGUCCGCUGGAGCCACCAUGCUAUCAGAGGGUUAAGGUCGAGUCCAGUCUUUUGAAUUCCGAGCCGGCAUACUGUCUGUUGCCGGACUACUCUGUUGCGUUGCGAUACGUAGAAAUACUCGAGCAGGAGGAACUGACCAAUGUCAUAUUUACGGAGACGAUCCUUCUAAGGAUCCUAGGCGAAGGAGCAUUGUGUUUUGUAACGAACACUGCAAGGACACUUGUGUUUUGCGAGGACCGGACGAAUCAAUUGAUCGUAGGGAUUGGAGGGCUAUUCUUCAAACUGCAGUAUGGUACCGCCGUCAUCUCUCAGGAAGUGUACCUAUCAUCCUUCUUUCUGAGCAAGCAGGAGGAUACCAACUUCAUUGCGGAUGUCAGUGGGAUUACGGUCAUGUCUCUCAAAGAAUAUCUCACGACAUACUGGCCAACUUCGGCGGUGUUGCAUGAACUUUUGGAUUCUUUAAAGGAAGCAAUUCUGGAAGAGGAUCUUGACAGUCAGGACCUGGGUUCAGCACUAUCGAAGAAGGGUUCAGGAGGAACAGGAUACCAAGAGUAUAAACCCAUGUCCGAGCUGGAGGCCGGCGUCAAGUCUGAGCGAUUUUUUCAGGGUGUACUUCGAGUCCGCGCUAACCAUCGGGAUCAGGCCUUUAUUCGUGGAGACUCCAACAUUGGCGAAAUUGUGAUAGUCGGUUCUGAGUACCGCAAUCGUGCAGUUCACGGCGAUAUAGUGGUCGUUGAGCUGCUGAAAAAGAGCUCUUGGAUUGCUCCCUCAACACACAUAUCUUAUGACCCCGAAGAGGUUCAUGCGGCUGGAGAUGACGACGAGGAGGGUUCUGGUCAGCAUCGAUUCCACGAAGUCAAGCCCACAGGACGGGUCGUCGGUGUGAUGUCGAGGAACUGGCAACCGUACGUUGCCACGUUACAGGAGGGAUCAGAAAAGGAGUCAGGAUCCUUCCACCUCGUAUUGCCCCUGAACCCAGUUAUCCCGAAGAUCAGGAUCCGACAUCAUGAUCCCAAGGCCUUAGUGAACCAAAGGAUUGUUGUCCGGAUCGACAGCUGGCCUAUCAAUUCUCAGUAUCCCAACGGACAUUACGUGCGCAGCAUCGGACCAGCUCACGACUUGGAUACCGAGAUCUCAGCCAUCCUAAUUGAACAUGGGAUUUCUGUCUCGCAAACAACUCAAGGAUUCAGUGACGGAUCACUCAAGGAAAUGCCUACCAAUACUCCGGAGCGACCGUGGACACCUGAACCAGGGGAGUUGAGCAGGCGGCGAGACUUGAGAAAGCAUACUGUCUUCAGCAUCGAUCCCCCAAAUUGCCAGGAUAUCGACGACGCGAUCUCAAUCAAGGAGAUCGCAAAUGGUCAAAUCGAGUUUGGGGUUCACAUCGCAGACGUCAGCUAUUUUGUUCAGGAGAAUUCACUUACUGAUCUGGAGGCCAGGGCGAGAGGAACGACUGUCUAUCUUUCUGAUCGUCGAUUUGACAUGCUACCGAAAGUCCUGAUGUCCGUGAUCUGGACGUUGGAUAGUGAGGCGAACGUGCUCACUACAUGGUUCGGUCGUACUGUCAUUCGGUCUGCAUGCGAAAUGGAGUACGAACAAGCACAAGGGUUGUUAAGCGGCAAGGACGUCGUGCCGGGAUUAGAGGCAAAGCUGUGUAAGCAUCUCAAACCAGCUAUCGUCCUCCUCGCCAAAACAAUGCGAAAAGCCAGGGCACGGCGCAUGGCCAAUGGAGGUCUUGAAUUGGAGAGUGCAGAAGUCAAAUUCAAGUUUAAGGAAGAAGAUGGAGGGAUUUCUGAUAUUCUGCCGAAGCAGCCCCUGGAGGUGCAUCAGAUUAUCGAAGAGGCCAUGGUUAUGGCCAACGCAUACGUGGCCAAGAGGAUCUACACCGGAUUUAGAGAUUCAGCAAUGCUCCGCCGUCAUCCUCCGCCGAUUGAGAGCCACUUUAAGAUGCUGUUUCGAGCUGCAGAGAGCAGAGGAUUUGUGAUCGAUACGAGCUCGAAUCUGGCGCUUGCGAACUCACUGAGAAAUUGUGCUGCUGGAAGUCAAGGCAACAUUGAGUUUGUGCGGCUUUUGAAGACUAUGGCCACGAUGGCCAUGUCAGAAGCCAGCUAUAUCUCCUCUGGAUCUUGGUCGGUCAAUGAAUAUGCGCAUUAUGGUUUAGCGCUGGAUUUCUACACUCACUUUACGUCUCCCAUUCGUCGUUAUGCCGAUCUGGUUGUUCAUCGUCAACUGAUGGCAUGCUUACUUGAUACGCCGACCGCCCCAACUGCUUCAUCCAGCUUACUGAAAAACGGCCUCAAGGUAGAGCAGAUUGCCGAUCAUCUCAACUAUAAGAACCGGGAAUCCAAGCUGGCGCAAAAGGACUCCACGGAGCUUUUUCAGACUCUCUAUGUACUACAGAAGACACAGAACCCUGCUGCCAGUGGUGACGAUGACUUGGAGCCCGAUGAUAUCCCGUUCGUAGAAACUGGAAUCAUUUCUGAGAUCCGGGAAAACGGCUUCUUUGUAUUUGUACCACGGUUUGGUAUCAAAGGCCCCGUAUACCUGAAGGAGAAAUCAGGCAAAGUAACAGUGCCCUUGUCGGUGCUGAAAAGAGGCGGACAAAAUUCUACAGCCGACAGGAACAAUGACCAUUUAGUGGCGAUAUCCGGAUGUGAGAUGGACACAGAUCUUGCCACAGAGAUUUCCAUCAAAGUCCCAUCUCACACUCUUACUCCGUACCCACAGGGAUUAGCGACCAGCGUCCAGUUCCGCCUGUUUGACAAGGUCAAGGUCGCUUUAAGGCUCAAAAGGUCGUAUGCACAUCGCCACAGCAUCUACAUGGCACUGAUUGGUCUUGAUCAGGAAGUCGCAAAAGUAGCAGCUCCUAUUCGGGCACACAACAGUCUCUUGUUCAGGAAACAAAAUCCGGCUGGCAACCAAUUAAAGCAGGAUGAGAUUAAGCGGAUCGUUCAACAGGAUCCAGCUCUCGCACCACUAUCGGAACACGAUCUCAUUCAGGGCGUUCAGGACGGACAGCAGCGACAGCAGAGUGCCAAGGGAUCCAAGAAGACCACGCGUAAAAAGCCCGUUAGUCCAGAGGAGCUCUACCAGCAGACGUCUCCUGAUGACAGCCUAUACAGUCUCAUCGAGUCAUUCGAUCGCAUCCGUAUCAUUGAAUCUGCUCAAUCCUGA